UUAAUUAAAAAGUAACAAGAAAUUAAAAUAACUAUUGAUUGCUUAUAGAAAGGAAACAGUCUAGACUGUGAUGACACCGUUGCUAUGUGUGUGUCUUUGAGAGAGUGAAAGUGCGCGCGUGUGUAUUUGUGUGUGUGUGAGUGUGUGUGAGUGUGACAGCGAGUGGAGGGCGGGGUCGGGUCGGAACAGUAGCCUGGUGGCGGGCGGCGCCUAAACAUCUCGCCCCUGCCCCUUCUUUCCACCGCUGCCGGGCUGGUUGCCUGACCUGAACUUGAACACUAGCUCGUAGCCUACACUGAGCUAGACGCGAAAACGUCCCGACCGCGCCGUAAAACUAGACAGUACUUCAAAUCAAGGAUUUUACUAUCAACGUAAACAAUACUUCCGAUUGCGUUCAGGAGUCUGGAUACACCGGCCGAACCUUGCGAGGUGGUGUAUCCCAAUAAAACACAAUGUCCAGACGAAAACAAGGCAGCCGACCGCAACACCUGAGCGCAAUUCAAGAUGCCCCCGACCCGUCAGAUGCUGCCCCUGUUUCGUCAUUGGAGGAGAGGGCUUCACUUACCCAGGUCAGGGUUCAGGAGGAGGCUCGUGACCUACUGACCUGUGGGCAGUGUGGACAGGCCUUCCCCCUCGCCCACAUCCUGGCCUUCAUUCAACACAAACAGGGGGGCUGUCGCACCUUCGGCCACAGCCCCAACGCCCACAACCCUCCGUCCCCGGCCAACCGGACCCAGCAGCGCAGUGCCGUCCCUCAGAUGGAGUCAGGUUUUGUGGAGCUGAGGAGUGUGACCAACCGGUCCAGGGGAAAGGAGCAUGACGUGAAGGCGGAGCCAAACAGAACAGAAGAGCCAUCCUGUUUCACCUGCCAGCUGUGUGAGUGUGUGUUGCCCUCAGCCUGGGCCCUGCUCCAACACGCCCAGCACACACACUCCUUCAGCAUCUACCUUGAGGAUGAGGAGGACGAAGAGGAGAGGACGGGCGGAAGGGGUCACCAGCACACAUCUGCAGCCACGUUGGACCCACGUCAGUUGGGCCACACCCUGGCCACCGCCUUCCACCCCUCAGCCCUGCGUCUGCCACGCAUCUUCCGUCCACGCCAAAAUCCCAGCCCUGCCCCUCCCCAGGCCAACUCCGCCCCCUCCUCCAGAGACCAGCAGGCCCUCAACUUCUCUGUCCGCCUGAAGGAACUGGCGCAGGGCAGCAACGUCACCACUGGGGGUCUGGUCCCCACGACCUCGCCUUCUCCCCCGGGCGGGGCCCUCCAGGCGGGGUUCCCCUGUGAGCUGUGUGGCCAGGGCUUCCAGUCCCUGCGCAGUCUGUCAGCCCACCGGCGGACCCAUGCUUACGAGAGGCCCUACCACUGUGGACUGUGUGACCAGGCCUUCGCCCAGAGUGGUCAGCUGGCUCGCCACAUGAGGAGUCACCGCAGGGAGGCCACCGGGGCUGUGGGGGUGGCGUACGAGGGGACCGAGUUGGGGCUGGUAGGUGAGGAUGAGGGGGUCAGUCAGGGGACGAGGGGGAGGUUUGCAAUUCAGGGGACGGGAGAGGCGGCGUUGAUUGGAGGACCGGGGGAGAGGGAGAACUCUGAGUUGGACCUGUCCCUGUCCAAGCAUCACUCCCCAGGCUCUGGCCUGGUCCUGCUCUCCUCCCAGGCUGGAGGUCCGGACAGGAGCCUGCUCAGGUUGUUCCAGCCCCAGGGAGAUUUGGGGGAGGAUGAGCUGGAGGGACAGGUGGACCGCCGGCACGCCUCCCCCUGCGCCAGCCCCUCCGAGGGGUCACUGGAGAGCGGGGAGACCGGAGGCAGUGGGGAGAGCGGCAUCGCCAGCGGGAACUGCACCCCUAAGCGACCGGAGAGGGACGAGCGGGCGCCGGUGGGGGGUGAGUGGGAGAGGGACGGGGAGGCCGUGGACGGAGAGAGGGAGUGGCUCGUGGCAGGGAACAGCGACGUGAUCCAGGAGUGGCCGAGGGACAACGAACCGAGGAGUGCGGGAGCAAACGGCGUCGGCAGCCGUGGGAACGGCGGCGGGCCGGGGAAGAAGAAGAGGGAGGAGGCCUGCGAGUACUGCGGGAAACAGUUCCGGAACAGCAGCAACCUGACGGUGCACCGGCGCAGCCACACGGGCGAGCGGCCCUACCGAUGCGGCCUGUGCAGCUACGCCUGCGCCCAGAGCUCCAAGCUCACGCGCCACAUGAAGACCCACGGCGCUCGCGGGGCCCGCGCGCCCUUCCUCUGUCAGCUGUGCGCCGUGCCCUUCACCGUGUAUGCCACCCUGGAGAAACAUCUGAAGAAGGUCCACGGGCUGAGUCACGCCGGCGCCGAGGCCCAGGCGGGUGCCGCUCCCUCGGACGGCGCCCUCGUCAAGCUGGAGGAAGGGGUGGUCGUCAAGCUGGAGGAGGAGGAGGAUGUUGCGGACCAGAUGGAGUUCAAGCUGGCUGCCGUGGAGGAGCAGGGACUGGAGGCUGAGGAGAACCGUGCAGGAGAGUUGGGCGGUGCCGGCAGCCCAGCCGUAGUUGAAGGUCGUGUUGGUGAUCUCCCUGCUGAAGGCAGUACAGACGCGGUCUUGGUGUAAACUACUUGUCCGGCACAUCGGUCAUGUCACGUACCACUGGACUUUCAGGCCUGCCAACCAUUUGACCAAAAAAACAUUUGUAUAAUUGUAAGGGCUGUUCUGGCCCUUAAAUGGAUAUCCAUUUCAACUGGGACCAAACCUGCUCCUUUCUCAAAUCCCUGUGCAUCUUUGCAAUGCUGACAAUUAGCAUAUGCAAAUCCAACUAUAGAAAACCAAGUGCCUACUAAGAACACUGCACAAAACUGUGACAUGAUGCAAACAAGAUUCAAGAAUAGGAAGUCAACCACCACAGUCCAACAGAAUACAGGAAGUCGAUCACCGUGCUCCAUCAGAGUACAGGAAGUCGAUCACCGUGCUCCAGCAGAGUACAGGAAGUCGAUCACCGUGCUCCAGCAGAGUACAGGAAGUCGAUCACCGUGCUCCAGCAGAGUACAGGAAGUCGAUCACCGUGCUCCAGCAGAGUACAGGACGUCGAUCACCGUGCUCCAGCAGUCAAGUGGUCAAUGGGUUGAUUGACUCACACAAGAUUUUAGUGAUGACCAAUCAGAUCUGUCAAAUGUAGAAAAUAAAACAGGACUUUGUAAAAACAGAAAAAGUGUAUGUAUCUGUAUAUUACACAUACUGUAUAUCAACUGGUGUUAGAUUGCUGUCAGAAUGAGGCCUCCGUGUCCGGUUCCCUUGCCAUGGGGAAGUCUGGCUUAUAAGUUGACAGCAGACCAUUGGCAGUUUUUUUUCUGGAUGGGUGAGACAUAUGCCCCUUUUUGUACCUACCUUAAAUGUGUGUCUUUCAUCAAAACAAAGGACGCAUGUUAGAACCAGGUUUAAAUGGGACCAAACUCUUUGAAUGCGCUUUUCUGUUAUAACACUUGUCACUUAAUGUAAAGUUUACAAUGCUUGUGUGGUGUACGGAUGCAGUUUUUUUUCAACUCUGUAUUAGGUGACUUGUAAAGUCUCAUCUGCUGACGCUACAAAGCAAUUCAACUUCAUAUGAAACGGGUUUGAAUAUAUUUUCUUGAUAAUUUGGGGAUCUUUUAUUUUACCUUUGUUUACAUUCAUUAUGAAACUCUGCUCAAAGCUUAUGUGUGCAUUGCUUUUGCUGACAUUUGAAAUGUCACUUGCCUGUGUUUUAAUUAGUCCUUUUUAUGGGCAGUGCAUGUUGAUGGUUGUGCAAAUUAAAAGUUUAUCUUUUGCUUAUUGACUACAGGCGAGAAAAGCAUUGGUAUCACCCAAUGAAAGUAGUAUGAGUCAUAAUACCCAUAAAUCCUUGUGGCAUCUUUGCAAAAGCAUCUCUUUCAGUGCUUAUACCAUUUAUUACUUCCAUAAGGACAUUUUAGAUCCACUUCAUAAAAAGUCUGUGUACUGUCUGGGCUUACACCACCCUGCCAUUUUCAUCAUUGUGUAAAUAUCUAUUGGACAAAUUGACUUUUAUCAAUUUUGGCUGAAUAUAAGCAAAUAUAUAUUUUUUAUGUCUAAUUGAAGCUAAUAGGUUGACAAACGUCCCCUUGUCCUGAGGAGAUUUACACGGUUGUCAAAACGUCUUCGUAGAGUAAGCCUAAAUGAAACCCAGGUCUAAUUUACAGUGAUAAAUAAAAAUCCUUGUUGAAUACAUUUAUGUUAAACUGCAAAAAGGAACAGUACCACAUUUAGCCGCUAGGCUAUACGGCGAUUAUGAUGCGUCGACUGUUUCAGUCUGUGAGCACUUGUGUGUUUGUGUAUAUAUAGUGAUUUUGUCUGUGUUAAGGGAUAUGCUCUGGUAACACUUGACUUGAACCUUUUGUCAAAUAUCCAGCUAACCCAGCAAUGUCCAAUAUGUAGUAGAAUCCUUGAUAAAGAUGAGCAAAAAAGUGUACAACAAAAAAAGAUAUGCCAGAAAUAUAUAGCAUAUUCUUAGCUUUUUUUUUAAUCUUUUUUUUUUUUACAAAAUCCAGCACUGGUGCAUGGACAAACAGCACUAUUUCAAUGCAAUUUAAGUUCCAAUGCCAUUCAUCACCCUCAAGGUGGUUCUGUAAAAAAAAUCCUUACACCUAAGGUAAAAUAUGGUGGAGGAUUGUUGAUGUUACCUCUAUUUUGUUUCCACUUCUGGGGCUAACCAGGAUCAACGACUUUACACCCAAAGAUCUUUCUAAUAUAACAUUUGAAUUUACCAGCUAUAUAACACACAUUUUAUUUAUUUUCAUAUUUUGCUCAUCUUAAUCGAAUGUGCCAGUAAAUAUGGAACUGACUAUAUAUCCAAAAGAUGAUGUAACAAAAGCUGUUGUAUCUGCUUGGAGAGUCGUUUCUUGUCAACAACAAUGAUGAUGCAAACAGCGGAAACCAAGGUAACCAGUUCUAGCUAUAGUGUAUCAGUUGGUUUGCAAAAAGCUACCCUUUAGCUACUUUGGCAUUACUGGUUGAGUACAGGGUUUGAGUUAAGUGUCACCAACUAUUUUGUGACUACUGUGAUUUAUAUGAUCAUUAUUGAUGUCUACAUACACUGAAGGCCGGGAAAAUUUAUUUUUUGACACUUUGAAAAAAAAAAAAAGAAAAAAAAAAAUGUGUAUUGAAAUUUGUGGUGAACUGUGAAUGGUUGAUGGACAAAGUGGGGUAUACUUGUCCAGGGACCAAUGUUUUGUACCCAGAAUGGCAGUCAUCCCCGAUGAUGCUGUCACUGUACACAUCUAUUGACUGCGCGUCAAACUCAUUUUCCUGGGUUUGUCUCUCCUUCCAGUGUUGUGCUGACUACUGCUGUGAGGCUAACUACGCCACUGUCUUUGUAAACGUGACACCGUUUUGUCAUUGACUUGGUUGUAUUAGAAUGUUCAUUAAAGAAUUGAGGCAAA